GCACUGCAGGACAGAUUGACAAAAGCACUCUAUCAGUGAACAGCAAUAUCUGAUGGACCCAUGAUUAUCAAAAAUCAUGAGUUUUUAAUUACACUUGUUCCUCUUCACCUACCACACUAAACAGUAGAGUUAACUCACUUCACCUCUGAAUUAUGCUUUUGGACCACCACAUAAUAUGGGAGGCAAACCAUGUUUUGUGGUCCAAAUUCCAAUUAAUUGGCUAACUCAUUUCAUAAUAAAACAAUUAACAAAUUGGUGUUCUUCCUGAGUACAGCUUUAUCAAUACUUAACCUUGUUGGUUGUUUGUUUGUUCUUAGCAUAGCAGCAGCACAAGACUAUCUAUAUAUGUUUCCCUGUGGUUAUUUCAGCCAAAUGAAUUAAAACACAAAGACAAAUUGCAUAUUAUAUAGAAGGGAAAGAGCUGAGAAUGAUUAGGCCUGUGUGUUGGUGCAUUGAUUAUGAUCUCUAAAUGGAAGUUUAAAGUAAGAGUAAGGCAGAAAAGGGUGUGAUGAGAAAUGAAUUUAAGGGAUGCAGUGUCCCCUUGUGAGGUACCAAUCAUCCCUUCCCUCACCUGCCCCGUUGGCAACUUUAUCUUGAGCCAUACACGUAAUUCCAUGGUUCUGACACUUUGAUCUAAUUCCCUCAUAUGAAAGCAAAGUAUUAGAGAGUGACGGUAUCCCCAGAUACAUACAUACACACAGUACAUUCCAUAAAUGAAUUUUAUCCUCUUAUUCUUUUCCUGAAUCCUGAAAAAUGGCUCUACAAACCCACAUUGCAUGAGGACAAGCAAAAGGGUGGACACUGGCAUAGAACAAAACCACUUGCCCCCACCCAAAAAGAAAAUUAAAAGCAUAAUGAAAAGGAGGUACCAAAAUCAAACAUAGCCAGCAGCAGCAUGAUGAUGUCUGUGGGGACUUCCAAUUCCAGCCUAUGCAUCUUUCCAGUCAAUAUUCCGGUCAAACAACCUCGCCGGAAAAUGGACGAGUCGUGGAGAAUGCGAAUGGGACUCACGCCGGGGCUCCCUCGCCGCCGAUCCAUGGAGGACCGCUCCGCCUCCCGCACGCGCCGCUCCGUCUUCUUCGCCGCCACCGCCGAGGCGGAAACCCUCGACCCCGACGACUUUGCCGAUGUCUUCGGAGGCCCGCCCAGGAGCCUCCUCGCGCACAAGUUCUCCAGGUCCAAUUCCUUCUACGAGGAGAUUUUCCGACCGCCGGAGUUCGCGUCUCCGGCAAAGUCGAAGGGCGGCCGGAGCCUGCCGGUGUUCCGGAUUCCAGCCAAGAACGAGGCGUUUUACAGCGACAUAUUCGGGUCGGACGAUGACCGGCGGUCGCGGGAGCGGUCGGGGCCGCAGUCGAAGGCUAAAUCGAAGUCGAAUUCGUCGUCGGCGCUGAGCUCCGAGGAGCUGAGCCCUCUCCGGCCGCCUAUCGGUGAUGACGUGGCAUUAUCGGCCUUUGCUUCUAAACUCAGGCCAAUAAAUGUGCCAUGCAGAUGGAACUCAACCACUAUGAUGCCUGGGGAACACCCGAUUAAACAAGGGGGACCACUUUUUCCAUUCAAUAAUCAGUUAUUUGAAGUUCAUUGUCAGGAUAAUGAGUUCAAGGAGAGCUUCAAGAGUCCUCAUUUCGGAUUCUCACGAAGAGUCUCUUCACCAGAGACAAUUAGUCUUGAAUCCAAUUCAUACCAAAGCAUGAAGGUAUCUGCCGAUGACUGGGAACUCAGUUCCCCGUUUUCUGCUGUCUCUGGCCUUUGCCAUGAACAUGAGGCAAAAUCUUCAGUUCAUGAUUAUGUUCUUCCAGAACUGGUUAUAGACCAGGACGAUGAUGAAGUGAUGAGCUCCUAUGUCAUAGAGGUCAACUCCAACUUCAGAGAGGAAAGUUGUGGAACAGCAGACAUUGAUGAAGCAAUAGCAUGGGCCAAGGAGAAGUUUCAGUCACGAAAUUCUGAUGAAGAAUCAAGCUUGAGAAAUGAAAGCAGUGAACAAAAUACAGCGGUGGAAGGAACGUCUGAUGCAGGUGAAUGCCAUAGUGAUGAAACGGGAAACAUUCAAUCUUCCAAGACAGAAACAGAAAAGUUGGACAGAGAUAUAAGAUUGUGGUCAUCUGGCAAGGAAACUGACAUUCGGCUACUCCUUUCAACACUUCAUCAUAUUUUAUGGCCCGAGAGUGGCUGGUAUGCUGUUCCUCUUCCGAACUUAAUAGAAAGUUCACAAGUGAAGAAGGCCUAUCAGAAAGCAAGAUUAUGCCUCCACCCUGACAAACUGCAGCAAAGAGGAGCAACACUCCUACAAAAGUAUAUAGCAGAGAAGGCUUUCUCCAUUCUUCAGGAUGCAUGGACUGCAUUCAUAUCUGAAGACGUUUCCUUCUAAACAGCAGGUGACUCCAAUUCCUGAUAACUCAGUUUUGGUUUAAAGGUCGUGGGAAAACAUCGAGAUGAACAUUUUGAAUGACUGAAGUGAUCAUGUCCAUGCAGCAUAUACACAAGAUGUACAUGAAAUUUGAAAGCAGCAUGUCCAUUUGUACAAACUGUUGACUGAUGGAUCAUGGAUCUACUGUUUUGUGCUUGUAUCAUAAGUUGUUUGACGCUUUUGUAGGUAUUAUUUUGGAAGUAGUUAACAGGAAGUUAUUUGGUUGGUUUCAGUACUUGAUUUGUAUAUGAUGACAUGAAACCAAGAACUUAGCUUUUGUUAUUCUUUUGGAACCUUGUUCCAUUCAGAUCUCAUCAACAGCAGCCCAUCAACCUUUUCAGCUCUUUCUGCUGGAUAAGCUUAUCAGUUAUCAUCCCAUGCUCUUAGAUUCCUUUAGCCCCUUCUCCUACGGCAGAGAUUUCUUGGUGUGUCUACACAUGGUCAAAUUGUAAAAUUGAAAUAUUUCCAGUAUCAUGUAUCAGGUUACAGCAGUGAACAAGGCCUGGUUCCAACUGCUACCUACGACUAAAUUUCCAUGUUUACAGAUAUUGGCUUCUCAGGAAAAUAUGUAAUCUCUUACACCUACAUCAUGUAUACAUGUAAUUUCUAUGUCGUUGGUCUCUUGAUUGAAUUCCAUUCUUGCAGAGAUUUUUCUCUUUU